UUUUUAACUGUAAACCGCACACCUGAAAUGAUGGAGGUUGAUAAGGAAAUUAAGGAUGUAAAUGUAAUUAAAAAUAUGGAAAUUGUUGAUGAAGAAAGUAAGGAGACAGAUAAGUCUACUAGUAUAGAAGCUGAUAAGUCUACAAAUAUGGAAGUUGAGGAGUCAGAAGUUAGUAAAGAAAACAAAGCGACUUCUCAAUUAACCGACACUGGAUUAGGCAUUGAAAUUAAAACUGAGCCAGAAGAACAGGAUGUAAAAGAGCCACCCGAAAUCAAAGAUUCACAUAAUGAUCAGAAUCAUGAAAAAAAUGAAGAUUCUUCUGAAAGUAGUGGAAGCGCUGAGCCUGAUCUAAAAGAAAUAAUUCGCAUUUCUGCUGGAGCUUCUAAUAAAGAUGAUGGGGAAAAAAUGAUUCAUUUAACAGCCGAUGAAGCUAAACAGUAUCUGCUUAAGAAGAUAGGAGAAUAUAUGAAUACCUCUUUUAAUCCUUUGUUCCUUUUGCGUGCUAAAGCUAAGGAACUAGAAGAAAAGGGAAAAAAUCAAGCAGAAGAAUAUUGUAAACUUUAUAAAGGUCUUCAACUGCUACAGAGAAAACAUGAAAAUUUUCUUCGAAAUGUUGGUAUUCUCCCAAAGAUUACAAUGUGUCAUGAAAAUGUUUCUGCUGACCUCCCAAUGGAACCUGUACCUAAUCCAGAGGCAUUACUGAAAAAAGAACUUAGUAUAACAAAAGUAGAUAACUCUGCAAACAAAGCAACUACAGUGCUUACGACACAAGCAAAGACAACCACUGCACCUGCUGCAAAGCCCUCUAAUAUUGAAUGUAUAGAUCUGACAGAUGAAGUGGAACCUCCCCCUCCCCCUGUAAUUACUGCAAAAAAUGUGGUAUACCCUGCUAUGACAAUGCUGAAGCAUCCUGCACCAUUACCACCUAGACCAACAACUAAUGUUAAAAGAGUACCACCUAAACCCCGUCUUAAAAUAUCAGCUGAAGAUAGGGGCAUAGUAUUACAGUGGGAUAUGCCUCCAAAUCCAAAAAGCAAUCCUACUUAUGACCCUAUUCAGACAUUUGAAAUAUUUGGCUAUCAAGAGCAGAAAAACUCAGUCAUUAAUACAUCUCUUUGGAAGAAGAUAGGAAGCGUGAAGUCUAUGAGCUUGCCAAUGGCGUGUACUUUGACCCAAUUUGUGGAUGGAAAUAAAUACCACUUUGCAAUAAGAGCUGUUGAUGUGAAUGGAUCAUGUGGUAAUUACAGUGAUGCUAUUAGCAUUGUUUAUAAGCAGAGAACACCGAAAUAAUGCUUAUUGAAAUUAGAAGAAGAGAAAGCUGUAGAAUUGUUGCUGUUAUGUAUUUUCUCCACUGUAAUAUAUUUUCUGUACUUUAUAUGUAUAAAUAUAUGUGUAUAAUAAAACUUUUAUCCAAAUACUUAAAA